CACCUGGGCCGCGCAGGCGCCCGCGCCGCUCCAGCAUCGAUCCCGGCGCUGGGCCUGACGUCACGGCGCGCCGGCCGGCCGCUGGUUGUCAUAGUAACGUCGGGCGCGGCGGUCCGUCGGCGGCCCGGCUCAGUCGGCCCGGUCUGCUCACGCCACGGAGGGUCGGGGCGCGGCGCGCGGCAUCGCGGCGCGGUCUAUGGGGCGGGCGAGCGAGGUGAGCUUCGGUGCCGUGCGCGCGUGACCCCUGCCGUGAGCUGGCGAGCUGCGUGAGACUGACCUGCGCCAUGGGCUGUGCGCUCUCCGCCGACGAGCGGGCCGCCAUGGCCCGCAGCAAGCUGAUCGAGAAAAACCUGAAGGAGGACGGCCUACAGGCGGCCAAGGAUAUCAAGCUGCUGCUGCUCGGCGCAGGAGAAUCAGGGAAAAGUACAAUCGUAAAACAAAUGAAAAUUAUCCACGAGAGCGGCUUUACGGCGGAGGAUUUUAAGCAAUAUCGACCGGUGGUAUACAGUAACACGAUCCAGUCUCUGGUGGCCAUCCUGCGGGCGAUGCCCAACCUCGGCAUUCAGUUCGCCAACAACGAGCGAGAGCCGGAUGCCAAGAUGGUGAUGGACGUCAUCUCCCGAAUGGAGGACACAGAGCCGUUCAGCGACGAACUGCUGGCGGCCAUGCGUCGUCUCUGGAUGGACACAGGAGUGCAGGAGUGCUUCGGCCGCUCCAAUGAGUACCAGCUCAACGACUCAGCCAAAUACUUCCUCGAUGACCUGGAGAGGCUGGGCGCCAAGGAUUACCAGCCGACUGAACAGGACAUUCUGCGAACCCGAGUGAAAACCACCGGAAUCGUCGAGGUGCACUUCUCCUUCAAGAACCUCAACUUCAAACUGUUUGAUGUGGGCGGCCAGCGGUCGGAGCGAAAAAAGUGGAUCCACUGUUUCGAGGAUGUGACCGCCAUUAUUUUCUGCGUAGCCAUGUCCGAGUAUGAUCAGGUGCUGCAUGAGGAUGAAACCACGAAUCGAAUGCAGGAGAGCUUGAAGCUGUUCGACUCGAUCUGCAACAACAAAUGGUUCACCGAUACUUCCAUCAUUCUCUUCCUCAACAAGAAGGAUCUGUUCGAGGACAAGAUCAAGAAGUCUCCGCUGACCAUCUGUUUCCCCGAAUACCCAGGCGCCCAGGACUACGGCGAGGCGGCCGCUUACAUCCAGGCCCAGUUCGAGGCCAAGAACAAGUCGACCAACAAGGAGAUCUACUGUCACAUGACGUGUGCCACCGACACGACCAACAUCCAGUUCGUGUUCGACGCAGUCACCGACGUCAUCAUAGCCAACAACCUGCGAGGCUGUGGUCUCUACUAGGCGGCCGGCGCGCGGCCACGCCCGCCUCAGGGCCUCCAGAUGCCCGCCGCCAGCCCCCGGCGGCCGGGCCGGCGAACCACAGCCGGCCGGCCGCCAGAGGCGCCGCGAUCGUGCGGGUAAAGCGUCCCGAACUCAGGACUUCCCCUGGAUGAGAAGCCCGCUCGGGAUGGUCUAGUCAUCAACCGUGCUGAGAUAUGGAUCUAUUUAUUUCUUUGUGAGAGGCGCGAGUGCACAUUGGCUGGCUCAAGUGUGGCGAUAUAGGGUCGCAGUGCGCGCAGUGCGGCGCGACAACUAUUGAAACUUUUAUCUUAACUGCUUAACGAUAGGUGCCAGCACUGUAGCGUCCGCGGUGGCCGCGCGGCCCUGGUUCGCGAUCUCCUAACCCGGCCAGGGCCACCUUGUUUUGUCGACCUACGACGUGACGUGGUUUUGUAACAUAGUGCGCGCGAGCUGGCGCGGCCACUGUCCGUCUGUCCGCGGGCGCGGCCGGCGCGCGCGCGCGCGCGCUGGGUGUUAGCGCGCCGCGCCGCGGCCGGUGAGUGGCCUCGUCACGUGGCCGGCCGGGCGGGGCUGACCGCAGGGCGAUCAGUGCGUCCCCGGCGGCCGCUCGGCGCGACCGAUGUCCACGCGCCGGGCGGGCGCCGCGGGCGCCGGCGCGGGUCGCCCUUCUGUGACGAUGUGUUGGGACCACUACGACCGGCAAUGCGGCGAGAUCGGUCCGCCGACCGGACCUGUCUGUCUGUCUGUCUGUCCGCCUGUCUGUCCGCCGUGCGGGGGCGGGUCUCUACCGGCCUACCCUCCGUGCCGGGCUGUCCGCUGUCGCGCCUCUGUUCCGCGUCGCUGGCUACCGAUCCUCCUCUCAGCUUCUUUCCAGAUCGCUCUCUUCUCUUUUACACUGCCGACUGAGGGGGGCCGGUGCCGAUUUACGUGUAGUGGGGGUGGUGUGACUUGUCUUGUUUGUCAGUUGUCAAUUGGACCGACGUACCGAAUCGGUCCAAGAUUCCGAACACGCCAGUUAGGAACGCUUGGUGAGCGAGUGAGCGAGAGCGAGCGAGUGAGCGUGCUAUGUUGGUGGGGCGACUAGAUGCCCGCAGGAUAUGUUGCCAGUGCUGCGCCGCACUGGAGGGGGUGAAGUAGUUUGUUACAUGGCGAGCAGAGCGCGAUUAGCUACCAGUUAUUCUCGGCGAGAGGACGCCCGCGCAGCCGCUCGCGCACACCGCGGGGCGAGUCGGCCGUCUGUUUCUGUCGGCGCGACCGCGCACAAAUCGCCGCUGUCGCGCACCUUCCGCCGCACAAACGCCGCACAGCGCGCCGCGCCUGCGUCACAAACGCCGCCGCCGCUGCGGUGGCGCGGCCAAUUCGGCGCACACGGCACGCACACAUCGCGUUCGUCUGAAGCGAGGCAAAAGUGUCGCUCUACCGCAAUCGCGUCGCCUGGAAGGCUUUGUGUUCCGAGGCGGUCCGCCCCCUGUCCGCGUCUUUUUUCGUUUUCGUAUUUUUGCGUAUGAGUCAUUAAUAAACGCCGUUUGAUUGUUAAA